AUGUUAACACGAUUAACCAAGUUUUUCAAAACAAACUCGCCACGUAAUUCAAAAACAAAAUCUCAUCCUCAAUUAGUUGGUGAUGUUUGGGUCUUGAUCAUGACCUUCAUAGAAGAUGAAUCCUUGAUCAGAACACUUCAUCUGUUCAAAUCUUUGAGGUUGAUAGAUGAUUCAAUGAUGGCUUAUGUUUUACGGUCGAGAAAAAACUUGUUGGCUGUUGAAAAAGGAGAUUUCGAAUUUGUUUGUAAAAUUGUAAAUGGAAAUAUGAGAAAUCUGGAAAGUGAGAAUUGUAAAUAUUUAAAAGUAGACAAUUUAGAAAAGAUGCCUUUAGGAGGUGCUAAACUGAUGGCUCAAUGUACAGGCUUGGAAUUAAGGAAUAUUUAUUGCUUGUCAAAAGAUGACAUUUGGAAUUUGUUGAACCCUGACAGUCAUAUUCAACAUUUAACCAUAAGCUAUUGUAAAUUGGUGGAAGAACCAUCACUGAUUGCUCAUGAUGUAAGAAAAUCUCUAAUUCUUUCACCAAAUUUAAAAAGCAUUACCACACAAGGUCCGUGCAUUUUAUACGAUACCAUUAGGUCUCUACAAGUGGAUUUAGAACAAAGAUUUGGCAAGAAAUUAAAGUUAAUAUUCAAGAAUUCAAUUCUUGAGCUGGAAGAAAAUAGGCUCAUUGAAAAGCUCCAAUCAUGCAUAACUUGUUUAGCACUAAACUUUUCGAAUGCCACAAUUCGAUACUCAGCCGAAAAGAUGCACCUGAACCACAUUCAUCAAUUUAGUUCAGUAGCAGCAGAUUGUAGAACCUUAGUGAUUGAAGAAAUGGACUUUUCAGAAUGCAAGGUGUUUAGAAAUGCCAAGAAACUUUGUCUUAAGGACAUUAAGGGAGAAAUGUCAAUGACACAAAUUAUGGCUAUGGUUGCACACUUCUUUCCCUCUUUGGAACAUUUAGCCAUUUCAGAAUGUUUUGCUAGAUUUACAAAUGGUGAAAAUAUUGAUAUCAAUUUCCAAUCAUUGAACAGUAUUCAAGUUCUUCAUUCACAUUAUGGAUCAAAUGCGGAUUCUGGUUUUUUGAAAUAUGUACUCGAGAAUAGUUUCCCACUUGUUGAAGUUUCAUUCAAAUUGGACAAAUCAUUUCAUUUGUAUGCUCGUCCAAGAAGUGACAUGCUGUCACUAAUAUUUAGAAAGAUAGAUAAAAUGGAAUCAGAUUUCAAUUCAGAUCCACUAUUGAAAGAAUAUGUGAGCGAUUUGAAACAACAAUUCAUUCAUGUCUAUUCCAAUCCAGACGAUGAGGAAAAACUAGCAGAACUAAUUGAAAAUGUAAACUCUGAAAGUUUUCUUGACUUUAUUCUACCAGAUGUAAGAGCAGUUCAAGAGAGAAGACUCAAUGAAAUCAAACAAUACAUUCAGAAUUAUCAAGAUCUUGUGGGUGAGGAUGAAAUACAUUUGGAAACUGUGGAAAUUCUUAAAAAGGCAGAUAGUGCCUUAUUACUGAAUUCUCAUUCAGAGUUUUCGAAUAGACUAACAGAGUUGGAAUCUCAAUUGAAGGUUAUGGUAAAUGCUUUGGAAGAUGUUGGAUUUUCGUCUAAAUUACUCUUUUGUAAUGAUAGCUUUUUAGAAAGUGAGUAUUUACCUGAUGAGGAAGAAAUGGAAUUUGAUGUUGACUCUGAUGAAGAAUAA